GGGGUGGCAGGAAGCAGGAAUAUUGGUGAAAGGCAGAGUGGCAUACAGAGGUCUGUCGGGAGCACGCAAAAGGACGUCCACUCAUUCGGACAGUUCGCCUGGCGCGAUACAGUUUGUUUCCCUUUCGGGGUAUCACGCCGUGUUUUAGGCGGUAUUUUCAGUGUACGUUGUGUUUAGAACUUAUGUGACACUACACGGCCGGUGAUUUUGGUGUCGCGUGAAGAACCGUCAGCGGCAUAUUAUGCCGACAUGUCGGCGCAGUGGAUUCUGAAACCUGUGCUGCCUGUGCCGCAGAUGUUCGAGACCGAGUCUCUGUCAAGAAAAAAGUCCCGACAUGGCUCUGGGAACAAACUCCCGUUGCCACCUCCACUCAGGUCACCUGAUCGCUCAGGCUCGCUUCAGGCUUGCCCAACACAGCCCCAAGCGGUCAGCUUCAAUGGCUCCGAAGGUUCCUUCCACAGCCCGCAUUAUGACAGCAGCCGUCCAGACCUGUACCUGCACCAGUGCUUUCACAUCGACUGUAAGCUGGGACAAGGUUCCUUCGGUGUGGUCUACAAGGUCCGAAGCCGGGAGGACGGGCGCUGGUAUGCGGUGAAGGAGGCUUACCGGCAGUUCCGCAGCAUGAAGGACCGCCAAAACAAGCUGCAGGAGGUGGCGAAGCACGAGUGCCUGCCCCCGCACCCCAACUGCGUGCGCUUCAUCAAGGCCUGGGAGGAGAACUGCCGCCUCUACAUCCAGAUGGAGCUGUGCCACUCCAACAUGACAGCCUACGCGGAGGAGCACCACGACAUCCCCGAGCGUGCCGUCUGGAACUACCUCGUCGACCUCCUGCAGGGCUUGAAGCACCUGCAUGAUCACAAUUUAAUUCAUCUUGACAUCAAACCAGACAACAUCUUCAUCUCGAACGAGGGCCUCUGCAAGCUGGGCGACUUUGGUCUCGUUGUGAGGCUGGACUCAGCAGAGAACCGAGACGAUCCAGUCGAAGGAGAUGCCCGGUACAUGGCGCCGGAACUGAUGAACGGCGACUUCACCAAGGCAGCCGACGUGUUCAGCUUGGGGAUCACGAUACUGGAGCUGGCCUGCGACCUCGAGCUUCCUGGUCAAGGAGAGCACUGGCACAGUCUCCGCACUGGAACCCUGCCGGCGGACGUAGUCACGGAGAUCAGUCCAGAUCUACGCGACCUGGUUCAGCGGAUGAUGCAUCCAGAUCCAAUACAGCGGAUCUCCGUGGAUCAGCUACUGGCACAUCCGAGGAUCUGCAAGGUGCUCCGGUGGCGGAGGCUGUACGCAGCACGCAAGAGGGCGGUGACGUGGAUCUUCGAGCUGUUCCUGCUGCUCUGGCUCUGGAUCUGCCGAAUGGCCAGGAAGCUGUUGCCUAGAAGGAGUUCUUGGCUGCCUUUAUGCUGGCUGAACCCUAAGAGCAUUCCGCAGAGAGACAAGUCGUUUGAGGACAGCUUCUCCGACGACGACACCUUCGAGGACUCCUCUCUCAGGCUGGGCACGUCCUUGAACGACAGCAGGCACGGCGCAACAGUCUCGCCUCUCAUCAGCUCUACCCCAAAGCCCCUUCAUGCCAACGCGUCCCAGCGUUUCUACAGCACGCCAUGGCUGGAUUCACCGCAGCGGCCGUCUAGCAGGAGUCGGCUGUCCAAUCAGCUCGAGGACACUUGGUUUGACAUGGAACCCAAGAACCUGUUCCAGGCAUUUGAAGAAUUGGCUGCAGGUAGUUCACCAGACCUGUGAAAGAGCUGGAUGGAGCUUCUGCUGCGGAGUGUGUUUCGGGAACUAGUCACUGCCACUGGGCUCCACAAGACAUUUCCAGGACGUGUGUGUCGAACUCGCCUUCUUCACCCUGCCUUCUUCGUUAAGUCAGGGUUGUGCCGACCUUUUGUCACGUUGCGAAGAAUGCUUACCAACGUGCGGCAGUCUAUGCGAGCAUGGAGACAACGUUUUGCCUGUGUCUCGUCACAUUAAUGUCUGGACAACCAUGCACUUACAAAAAAAAAGGUGCGAUAUGGCAGCUGUUUGAAGCGUUGAUAAUUUAUUAAGAGUUUCUAUUAACAAACCAUUUUUAGUAAUUUAAGUUUUUUAGUAUGGAUUUUUGUAAAAGCGUUUGCGCCGGUAGAAAAAUUCAACCGUUCCCCCCCCCCUGAAUCGUGCAGAUUUUGCCAUUUUCCUAAAAAGCCGUCGAAACAAAAUUGGCAGCAUCACGAUCAAAAAGGAUGUAUACUAGUAGUUUCUGCUGUAACAAACAUGCGUGCGUACGUCUCUCCUCAACUUCGGUCGCACAACGGUCGGUCGGCCAACGAAUUUGCACUGUACGGGGGCCCCGGUCUCGUCUAUCGCUUGCAGUUAGUAGAUUCUGAGCAAAGAAAUGAGCUAAAUGUAAUAGAAAUUAAUGUAAUGCCUUCAUAGUGCCUCCGUAGCGAAAGAGGUGCAUCGCACAACCGUCUUUCCUCUGUUGAAACCUUCUGGCUGUGUUUUGCGGCCAUACUCAGUCUCGUGUCGAGCCCAACCGCGGCCAAUGCCACAAUCCGACAAGGCCAGUCGAGCGGUGGCAAAAGUGCACCUUCGCGGCACUCGUCAUCUUAGUGUGCGUGCCGUCACCGGCCAUAGGAAUCGCGCAAAACAAAAAGCGCAGGAUCACGCGGCGUUCACCGUGCACGAUUCAUUUAGCAAACGCACAAGGACAACGAGUGCCACGACGAUGCACUUUUGGAGCCACUCAAUCGGCUUCGUAGAACUGUGGCAUCGGCUGCGGGCGGACUUGAUGUGAAACGGAGCUUGGCCGCCCUCGCUCGGGACGUAUUUGUACUUUCACGCGCUGCCUUCGAGUCAGAAUAACUGCAAUAGCGAAACCGCGCAUGCAGUGUGUUCGUGUUGUUCCUCGCUGCCGCGUGCAGUUGCUUUUAGUUCUGUUUUUAUUGUUUAUGUGAUGUAAAGUUUUUAUAAUUCGGUGCAUGGAGCAAAUAAAAUGGCGACGGAUCAUUUUC